GCGCGGAGUCUCCAAUCUGCCAUUUUCUGUCCCUGGCUAAGUGUCUGGCGUCCUAAAUUUCCACUGCUUUCCUCACAGACUCUGUUCCUCUCACUGGUCCACCUCCUCAGGGGAACGAUGGCCACAGAGUCCACAGCCACUGCCGCCAUCGCCGCGGAGUUGGCUUCCGCCGACAAAAUUGAAGAAGAUGCUCCUGCUCCUUCUACCUCCUCAGAGAAAGUGGAGAGUCUGGAUGUGGAUAGCGAAGCUAAGAAAUUAUUGGGUUUAGGACAGAAACAUCUGGUGAUGGGCGAUAUUCCAGCAGCUGUCAAUGCAUUUCAGGAAGCAGCUAGUCUUUUAGGAAAGAAGUAUGGAGAGACAGCUAAUGAGUGUGGAGAAGCUUUCUUUUUCUAUGGGAAAUCACUUUUGGAACUAGCAAGAAUGGAGAAUGGUGUGUUGGGAAAUGCCUUGGAAGGUGUGCAUGUGGAAGAGGAAGAAGGGGAAAAAACUGAAGAGGAAUCUCUGGUAGAAAAUAAUGAUAAUGUAGAUGAGGAAGCAAGGGAAGAGUUGAGAGAACAGGUUUAUGACGCCAUGGGAGAGAAAGAAGAAUCCAAAAAAACAGAAGGCAUGUCUCUGUCAAAGCCUGAAACUGCUAAAGAACAGGAGAGUGAAAUGGAGAAGGGUGGAAGAGAAGAUAUGGAUAUAAGUGAGCCUACAGAGGAGCUCCCAGAAAAAGUUGAAUUGACUCCAGAUCAGUUAACUGAAACCUCUGAAGAGGCAAAAGGAGCAGCAGCACCAGAAGGACUGAAUGAAGCUGAGGUCACUUCUGGGAAAUCAGAACAGGAAGCAGCAGAUGCUGAGAAAGGAAAAUCAGUGUCUGGAACUGACGUCCAAGAAGAGUACAAAGAAAAAGUUCAGGAGAAGCAGGGAGAGGUGAUUGUGAGAAUAGAGAAGCCAACAGAAGCUUCUGAAGAGCAGCCUGUUACAACUCUAGAAAAGCGUAACACUGCAGUGGAGGUAGAAGCAGAGCCUGUAGACUCAACAGUCAAGCCAGUGGAUGUGGGUGGGGUUGAACCAAAAGAGCAGAUAGCUACCUCUGAAAAUGAGCCAGGAAAGGCUGUUCUCAAUGAGCAGUUGGUAGGGCAAGAUGUGCCUCCUGUGGAAGAGUCACCAGUGGUGACAACAGAGGCUGCAGAGGUGGGAUCAGAAGUCUCUGAGAAGUCUGAGCAGGAGGCCACAGUUGUCUCCAACGAUGGUGCAGUUAAUGGACUGUCAGCUGCAGGAGAUCAGGCUUCUGUUGACCCACAGCCUUCUGCAGAAAGAGUGACAGAAACAAAAGGUGGCUCAGAACUAGAGGAGGUCAGGGCAGAACUGGCUCCUAGCCAGGAGGCUAAGCUGCCCAUUGAAGAAUCUGAGGGAGCUGGUGAUGGGGUUGAGACCAAGGUAGCCCAAGGGGUUACUGAGAAAUCACCUGAAGACAAAGUUAAGAUAGCUGCUAAUGAAGAGACACAAGAGAGAGAAGAACAGAUGAAAGAGGGUGAAGAAACCGAAGGCUCAGAAGAGGAGGAUAAAGAAAAUGACAAGGCUGAAGAAGAAACACCAAAUGAUUCAGUUCUUGAAAAUAAAUCUCUUCCAGAAAAUGAAGAUGAGGAGAUUGGGAACCUAGAGCUUGCCUGGGAUAUGCUGGACUUGGCAAAGAUCAUUUUUAAAAGGCAAGAAACAAAAGAAGCCCAACUUUAUGCUGCACAGGCACAUCUUAAACUUGGAGAAGUUAGUGUUGAAUCUGAGAAUUAUAUCCAAGCUGUAGAAGAGUUCCAGGCUUGCUUGAACCUGCAAGAGCAGUAUCUGGAAGCCCAUGACCGGCUCCUUGCAGAGACCCACUACCAGCUGGGGUUGGCUUAUGGAUACAACUCUCAGUACGAUGAGGCAGUGGCACAGUUCAGCAAAUCUAUUGAAGUCAUUGAGAAGAGAAUGGCUGUGCUCAAUGAGCAGAUGAAGGAGGCUGAAGGAUCAUCUACUGAAUAUGAGAAAGAGAUUGAGGAGCUGAAAGAAUUGCUACCUGAAAUCAGAGAGAAGAUAGAAGAUGCAAAAGAAUCCCAGCGUAGUGGGAAUGUAGCUGAAUUAGCUCUGAAAGCUACUCUGGUGGGGAGCUCGACUUCAGGUUUCACUCCCAGUGGAGGAGGCUCUUCAGUCUCCACGAUUGCCAGUAGAAAGCCAGCAGAUGGUGCUUCUUCAUCAAAUUGUGUGACUGAUAUUUCCCACCUUGUCAGAAAGAAGAGGAAACCAGAGGAAGAGAGCCCCCGGAAAGAUGAUGCAAAGAAAGCCAAACAAGAGCCGGAGGUGAAUGGAGGCAGUGGGGAUGCUGUCCCGAGUGGAAAUGAAGUUUCAGAAAACAUGGAGGAGGCUGAGAAUCAAACCGAAAGCCGAGCAGCAAUGGAGGGGACAGUGGAGGCUGGAGCUACAGUAGAAAGCACUGCAUGUUAAGAGAGGGAGCAGAGCCUUCCUAUCAAGGGAAAGUGUUUUGUAUAUAAUGUAUUUUUUCACUUUUGGGGGAUUCUUUUUGUAUAACUUCAAUAAAGAUUGUAAGCAAAGGUUGAA